AUGGCUUCGUCAGGCUCAGCCGGCCUCGCUCUCCAGGCGGCCGCCGUCGCCGCCAUGCUCGCCAUGCUUGUCCUGCCUUCGUCAGGUCGCUGUCCAUCGCUGGGGCCGGCACCGUCGCCGACGGCACAGGGGGCACCGCCACCCGCACCGACAUCAUUACCACCAGCUCCGGCACUGUCGGUAUCGUGCGGGGCCUGUGCUCAAUCGUUCGGGAGCUCAACCUGCAGAUCGUUGUGCAUGGCCUCCGCCAACGAGAAAUGCCCUUGCCUACUGGUUCAACCUCGCCUCUGCCACGACUGCACGACCGCCGUCGACGAGUGCACGGCCAACUGCACCGGCGACAGCUGUGACUGCGGCGCCGCCGAAUGCGAGGCCACUUGUGCCUUAUUUGUCAAAUGUAUAGAGUGCCCGGGAAACCAAAGUAAGAUGUGCCGGAUCACCUGCACGGCCGAGUGCAUGCGCGGGUGCAAUGGGCCGUAG